AUCAUAAAUGGCGCUUUAUGAUCUUAAACCUCCAAAUUUCUUCUUUCCUUUUUCCCCAUUCACACAAAGCUCUCUCUGAUGUUAAAAUUUAAUGAAACUUUCUUUUUGGGUAGCAGACAAAUUUGAAGUUCCAUUCCAUUUCGAUCCGCCAUUAGAGAAGGAAUAAGAAAAAGAAAAGUUGCAGAAUGGGAGAGAGAAAUUGCAAUGUGGAAGCCUCUCAUUUAAUUUUGGUUGUUAAGAAGCUGCGUCUUUGUGUGGAUCUUUCAUGGUUGAGCAGGUGAAAGUUUUAAUGGCCAACCCCAUUUAAAAAAAGUACUCUUCUUCCUUCUUCUUCCUCUUCUUCUUCCUCCUCAUAUUCUUCUUCUCUGUUGAAAGACUUUCCAAUUUCCCACCGACAAUUCUAUAUAAAUGGUUGAAGUUAUUACUCUCUGUACGUUUUUCCAACUCUCCCACCUGUUUUUUUGUUUGUUUUCUUUUUCAUUUCUCUCUCCCUCUCUUGUUGAAGGCUCUGAAUCUCUCUCUAGAGUUAUGGUUUAUUCAAGGAAGUUCAGAGGAGUCAGGCAGCGGCAGUGGGGCUCUUGGGUGUCAGAAAUUCGCCAUCCAUUGCUGAAGAGAAGGGUGUGGCUGGGGACAUUCGACACAGCAGAGGAUGCAGCACGAGCGUAUGAUCAAGCAGCCAUUUUGAUGAAUGGCCAAAACGCCAAGACCAAUUUCCCUGCAUCAAAAGACCAAUCUGAAGAAGCCAGCCAUGGCCAUGGUUCUUCUCCAAUGUCCCCAAAAGCACUUUCAGAGCUACUCAGCACAAAGCUCAGAAAGUGCUGCAAGAACCCAUCUCCCUCCUUGACAUGCCUGCGGCUUGACAGUGACAACGCUCACAUUGGCGUAUGGCAGAAGCGUGCAGGCACUCGAGCCACCUCCAAUUGGGUCAUGAGGAUUGAGCUAGGGAAGAAAGACGUACCAUCCCCGUCCCCGUCGCCUGAAUCGACGAGCCAGGAAGCUGAUGGCGAUGGCCACCGGAAUGGAAUUGAUGAAGAAGACAGAAUUGCAAUGCAAAUGAUUGAAGAGUUGCUCAAUUGGAACUGCCCUCUUCCUUCAACUUAAAGCUAAGUACAAGAUCUCAACACAAAACUCAACCCCAAAAAUUUAAAAACAAAAAUAAAAAAUAAAACCCAUAAGAUCAAUACAAAGAGGCUUAAUUAAUCUGUGUGUUUUGACUGUAUAUGUGUGUAUGUGUAUAUAUAGAUAUAUAUGUUAUGCUUUACUGUUUCUGUUACUAUCAGCUUAUGUAAAGCUGUUUAUGGGACUUGGGAAGCUCAAAAUCUGUAUAAAGGGGGAGCUUUUGCAUAUAGAUAAAUUGCUGUUUUAUGUCAGCUCGAGUCAAAAUAUCACAGGGGAUUGUCAUCUUUUAUAAGUUACAUAUAUAUAUUUUUAAAAUAUUUAUAUAUAUAAAUAGAAAGGAAAAAAAAUUUGCAGAUGAUGAGCAAAGGAGUA